AUGCUCGUGAGGAUGGGCAGCUUCAUCUUUAUUUAUCCCGUCUCCGGCUCCGCAUUUGGCGACACGGCUCUACUGAUAGCCCUUAGAUGCGUCCCUUUUUCGGGCAACACACCAUACGACUUGGAAGGAACAUGCGCUGAUAGACAUACUCUAGGUGACGCUAAGAAGGGUGCCAACCUCUUCAAGACUCGUUGUGCUCAGUGCCACACCGUCGAGAAGGACGGCGGUAACAAGAUUGGUCCCGCUCUGCAUGGCCUUUUCGGCCGCAAGACCGGUUCCGUAGAGGGCUACUCCUACACCGAUGCCAACAAGCAGAAGGGCAUCACCUGGGAUGACGACACCCUCUUCGCUUACCUUGAGAACCCCAAGAAGUACAUCCCCGGCACCAAGAUGGCUUUCGGUGGUCUCAAGAAGGAGAAGGACAGGAAGGAUCUGAUUGCCUUCCUGAAGGACUCUACUGCUUAA